AUGGAGAACGUAUAUGCACUCAGUGGCGCAGUGCCCAUGCGAUUCACAGACCUUACCACCCACACCAGGCGCCAGAUGCGCGACUACCUCACGACUUGGGGCAGGCACCACAUGCAGAACAUGGGGCCAAUCUCCCUCCGAAAGCUUGAGGAGGUUGUCGACGAGCUGAUCUUCGACGCCUGGACUGGAGGCGACAAGAUCACGGAGCCCAAGAUGGAUUGGCCAAAGAUCACCGAGAUCUAUGUUGCGGUCGGCAUUUUCAAGAAGGACUUGCCUGACCCUAAUCGUGCUCGGUCUCUUUUUGAGACUGACUAUCUUGCCGAGCUGCUGACCUACCUCGGCCUGCGGGAGCGAUACACUCCCCACGAAUCGAGAAAGGCUGGAAAAACAGCCUGUGUCAGAGCACGACUGGAUAAGUCGCAAGAUGCCGUUAUAUUGGAUUGGCUGGAUGUUCGCGGCAAGUGGGUGCCAUACACCUACAUUGAUUUUCAGACCCCCGACAACAAGCCAUCCAAUGCCAUUAUCGCUCAAGCCUGCCGGCAAUCGACGCAGAGAAAUGGUAUCCCUCGGGAACACACAAAGUUCGUAGCAUUCCCUAGAUUUGCAGGUAUUUUAUAUACUUUUUCUUUUCUUUAA